GUUUACCCAGCCAGACGCGCGUCUCAACCGUUAGAUCUCAUUAGAGUUUUCGAACCAGCUCUUGUUGACGCUCGCGUUCUCUUCUGUGUUUUUUUUUUGGAUUCCUCUUCUAUAUUUCUGCUACCACGAAAGGGGCAUUUCAGUGUGAAGGUACAGUGAAAGGAGGAGACCCAUGUCAGCGCGUGCUUUCAUGGUCGAGGAGGAGUACGAGGACUUCACGGACGAUGUCCCGCUGAAGCUGCAUUCCGUGCUCGAGUUCCUGGAUGAUGUGAAGGCCGUCUCGAUGGACAGCACCACCGAGCAUCAACAGAUCUCCUCGAACGACUCAGAGAGCGAGGAGGACGUGCCGAGCGCGGAGUUCUUUAACUCGCUGCGCCUUACGCCUUUCAUCGCCGCCACCACCCAGCCCCACCCAUGCUACUGCCUCGAUAAGGCGAACUGCAUGUGCAACUUGUUUUCGCUGCCUCCCCUGCUGCCUCUCCGGCCUUCCACUCCUGCCGCAGUGGAGUACCGAGUCUUGUCCAGCAGCCCCCCCGCCGAGAAGGCAGCGGCGCCGACCAGAAUGGGGCUUUCCACCAGCACCACCGCGGCCGAGGGUAUGCAUUUUGUGCCCUUGCACCUCGCUGGUCUGCACCUCGCGAAGCUGCAGGGCGGGCCGCGAACGCUGACGACCGCCUCCUCGAGCACAAGCACGACGACGACGACGAUGACGACGACGUGUUGUCGAUGUUGA